GUAUUUUGCGGUGUGUGGUGCUGGUGCAGGUCAGCUGAGAGCGGGGGGAGGAAGAGGAAGAAAGAUGGAAGGGAAUAGAGAUGAAGCCGAAAAAUGCAUAAAUAUAGCGACUAAAGCGCUAGAAGCGGGAGAUAAGGACAAAGCGUUGAAAUUCUUAAAUAAGGCAGAAAAGCUUUAUCCAACCUCCAAAGCUAAAGCUCUGCUGGAUGCGUUGUUAAGGAACGGGAGCUCUGCCGGUACCGGUGCGUACUGCCGGAGGCCCCCGGACAGCACGACGGGGGCCGGGGCGGAGGCCAGGGCGGAGCCCGUGGCAGGGGAGAAAUCCUCUUUGUGUAUCCCCCGUGUCUCUCCCUGCAGGAUCAAGCGUUGUAAGGACUACUAUGAGGUUUUGGGUGCCACUAAGGAUGCCAACGAGGAGGAGCUGAAGAAGGCCUACAGGAAACUCGCUCUGAAGUUCCACCCCGACAAGAACCACGCUCCCGGAGCCACAGAGGCCUUCAAGAAGAUUGGAAAUGCCUACGCAGUGCUUAGCAACCCGGACAAGAGGAAGAAGUAUGACCUCACCGGGGGGGAGGAGCCUAGCGGCCCAGGCCACGCCCACGGAGGCGGAGGGUUCGAUUUCCACCGGGGUUUCGAGGCCGACAUCACGCCUGAAGACCUGUUCAACAUGUUCUUCGGAGGUGGCUUCCCCUCCUCGAGCACACACACCUUCAGCAGUGGCCGGGCGCGCUACAGCCAGCCGGCCGACCAGAGACGAGACCGGGCGGAGGAGCGGGCAGACGGGGGGUUCUCCAUGUUCAUCCAGCUGAUGCCCAUCGUGGUGCUCAUCCUGGUAUCCAUCCUCAGUCAGCUGAUGGUGUCCACGCCCCCCUACAGCCUGUACUCCAGACCGUCGACAGGGCAGACGAUAAAGCGUCAGACGGAGAACCUGCAGGUGGACUACUUUGUGGCGCGGGACUUCAAGUCUGAGUUCAGGGGCUCAGCGCUGCAGAAGAUAGAGAAGAGCGUGGAGGAGGACUAUGUGUCCAACGUCCGGAACAACUGCUGGAAGGAGAGGCAGACGAAAACGGACUUGCUGUACGCUGCUAAGGUCUACAGAGAUGACCGUCUGCGUAAGAAGGCGGAUCUCAUGACCAUGGAUAACUGCCGGGAGCUGGACCGGCUCAACGACCUGUUCAGGGGCGGCUGAUCCCUCCUCCCCAACACUCGGACGCUUUUAGAGUCUAUAUAUAUAGAUAAAUAUAUAUAUAGAUAUGUAUGUAUGUAAAAUGUUUUUUUAAGGAAAAGUACGCAGAAGAUAGGAGCACGAUGAAAAUGAAGAAGAAGAAAAACAAAACUUACAAAAAAAAUCGAUAAAAAAACAAAACCUAUAAAAGAUGAAACCUAGCCUGACGUUGGGAGUUCAGUUGCCCCCCCCCCUCUCUUCUUUUCAUUCUUGCUGGCGGCCGCUCCUUCUCUUCUAUCCCCCCCUCCAUCUCUCCCUCCAUCUUCUCCCUCCAUCUUCUCCCUCCAUCUUCUCCCUCCAUCUCCUCCCUCCAUCUUCUCCCAUCUUCUCCCUCCAUCUCCUCCCUCCAUCUCCUCCCUCCAUCUUCUCCCUCCAUCUCCUCCCUCCAUCUUCUCCCUCCAUCUCCUCCCUCCAUCUUCUCCCUCCAUCUCCUCCCUCCAUCUUCUAUUGUCCUCAGCUGUUGACUUGAGGCUUCAUUCUAAUGAACAAAAUGAUGUCAGCAAUGGGGGGGACCAUCUAAAAGGAAACAUUUGUGAGCACUAGAAACCUAUUUUUUCCCCCCGGUAUUCUUUCUCUUUUGCUCUCCUGCUUAUCUCCUAGUUUUGUUUUGAAGACUUUAAACUCCGGAAACAAACACCGGAGAACUGCACUCUUGAAUAGCGAGAGGACGAGCUGUCGUCGUAAAGCGAAUCACUGACAUCUUCCUUAACCGGCUUCUUCAUUGUCACCUCGAUCACCUGCUUCACUCGGGAACUGGAGGUUCCCCUGAGGAUGUUUCCCUCCUCCCGGUUCCAUAGCAGCGCUAGAACCCUGGAGAACCCCCAGGCGAAUGCUUCCUAGUUGAUCACCUCACAGAACUCUGUCGGUAGAAUUCCACAGCGGACCUUGGAACCAACGGUCUGAUAGACUGGUGACGGAAUCAGAAGGAGAAAAUGUUUGUCUUAUUUUAAAUAUGAAGAUGGAAACUAACCCACAACAAAGGAAAUACACUGGUUCUGUUAUAGUUGUUCAUCAUUCAAGUUUUGUUGUACAUUUUAAUUUUGAAUGUUUUAAAGUUUAUGAAGUUAUUUAAGUAACUAGAAAAACAUGUUUUUCUCCAUUGCUCGACUAAUCAUUUGAAUAAAGUAUAUAAAUUAUUACCAGUA